UUGCUUGGCGCCGCGACCCCAUGUGAGACACCUCCUGCAUGAGCCCGUCUACCCCUGCAGAGGAAAGCGCAAUGGAGCACUGAACCUUUACAUCGUUAUCCCCCUCUCCCCAAACCCUUGUUUUCCAAAACAAACCCACGUUUAUUGUUUUUUGGGGGGGCUACAGUAGCGUUGCUGCAACGAUGUGGAUUCAGAUUCGUACUAUUGACGGGAAGGAAACGCGAACCAUUGAGGACCUUUCUAGAUUGACCAAAAUUGAGUCUUUACGGUUGAAAAUACAGGAGAUCUUCCAUGUUAAUCCAGAGCAGCAGCGGCUAUUCUAUCGAGGGAAGCAGAUGGAAGAUGGCCAGACCCUCUUCGACUACAGCGUGGGCCUCAACGACAUCGUGCAGCUGCUUAUCCGCUCCCAGUCGGACCCCCCCGACGGACCCCCUGGCCCCAGAGAGAACCCCCGGGACGUGGCCCUGGGCCCCCGGGAAGGCCCUAUGGACAGACCCCCAACGGCGGCCGCUGCUACGGCCACCCCCUGCGGUUCAAACUCCCCGAGUCCUGGGUCAAACUCCGCCAGGGCCCCGCAACCCCCCGCCCUGCCCAAGACCGGCCCCGCCCACGCAACAGACAUUACCAGCGUCAUCGUCAACAACAACAACAACAACAACAAUAAGAGCGGUACCGUCGCUAGCAGCCUGGCUAACAAUAAUAAUAACAAGUGCAACACAGCCAAGCCAGAACCGGCCGUUGCCACCACUAACUUUGCCGAUGCUAAACACGGGUCGGGUACGGGGUCCGGAUCCGGGUCAGGGUCCAAGCCGUCCCACCCUGCACCGGACACCCAGCCGUCCACGUCCAGCCGACCCGCGCUGGUGGACCCGGGUAUCGGUGUGUACAAGAUCAACGAGCUGGUGGACUGCCGGGACGUGACGGUGGGCGCCUGGUUCGAGGCCAGCGUGGAGAACGUGACCAAGGCCCCCCCGGUCCCCGUCAAGGGCAAGGUGGGCCGGCCCCCCAAAAGGACUAACGGCAAGCUGGAGGCGGAGUCUGGAGUCCAGCCCGCCCCUCCCCCCCAGGGCAACAGCGGUGUGGACGCCGCCCGGGGUAGCGGCGGUGCGGCGCUGGCCGCGGGGGGCGCUACAGGCUCCUCCCCCCUCGCCGCCGGCACGGACUCUGCGGGCGCCAAAGGCCCCGCCCCCGCGCCGACCGCAGACAGUAGGCAUCGCGAGGAGGACGUGGUCUACCAUAUUAAAUAUGACGACUACCCGGAGAACGGCGUGGUGGAGAUGCUGCCGGUGCACGUGCGGCCGCGGGCGCGGACCCUGCUGCGCUGGGAUCAGCUGAGUCCCGGCCUCCGGGUCAUGGUCAACCACAACCUAGAGACCCCCGAGGAGAGGGGCUUCUGGUUCGACGCCGAGGUGCACGCCCUCAACCAGGCGUCCCGCACCAGCAAGGAGCUGCGCGUCAACAUCCUGCUGGGGGGCUCAGGAGAUGUGAUCAGGGACUGUAAGGUCCACUUCCUCGACGAGGUCUACCAGGUGGAGAUACCGGGGGCCCGUGCGCUGUCUGCUGCGGACGGACAGUUCAAAAGGAAAAGCGGGCCGGAGUGCAAGCACUGCCGGGCGGACCCGGACGCGGAGUGCCGCUUCUGCUCGUGCUGCGUGUGCGGCGGGAAGCAGGACGCCCACAUGCAGCUGCUGUGCGACGAGUGCAACAUGGCGUUCCACAUCUACUGCCUCAGCCCGCCGCUCGCCACUAUCCCCGACGACGAGGACUGGUACUGCCCCACCUGCAAGAACGACACCAGUGAGGUCAUCAAGGCCGGGGAGAAGCUGAAGGCCAGCAAGAAGAAAGCCAAGAUGCCCUCGGCCACCACCGAGAGCCAGCGGGACUGGGGGAAGGGUAUGGCUUGUGUGGGGCGGACUAAAGAAUGCACCAUUGUUCCGUCAAACCACUACGGGCCCGUUCCUGGCGUUCCGGUCGGAACCACGUGGAAAUUCCGUGUCCAGGUGAGUGAGGCGGGGGUGCACCGACCGCACGUGGGCGGUAUCCACGGACGCAGUAACGACGGCUCCUAUUCGCUGGUGUUGGCCGGAGGCUUUGAGGAUGAAGUGGACAGGGGAGAUGAGUUUACCUAUACAGGAAGUGGGGGUCGCGACCUCUCAGGAAACAAGCGGAUUGGAGAGCACUCCUUUGACCAGACUCUGACCCACAUGAACAGGGCGCUGGCACUGAACUGCGACGCGCCGCUCAACGACAAAGACGGCGCCGAGUCGAGGAACUGGCGAGAGGGGAAGCCGGUGCGCGUGGUGCGGAGCUCCAAGGGCCGGCGCAUCAGCAAGUACGCCCCCGAGGAGGGCAACCGGUACGACGGCAUCUACAAGGUGGUGAAGUACUGGCCCGAGAUCGGGAAGUGUGGUUUCCUGGUGUGGCGGUACCUCCUCCGACGAGACGACCUGGAGCCCGCCGCCUGGACCCCCGAGGGCCUGGAGCGCAGCAAGAAGCUCAGCCUCGCCGUUCAGUACCCCCCAGGCUACCUGGAGGCCAUGGCCAACAAGACCAAGCGGGAGGCCAGUGCGCGUGGCGGGGGCUCCGGUCGGGGGAAGCGUCACCGAGGGCGGGGCCGGCCCCGGAUACACCCCAGGGUGGAGGAGGUGAAGGAGGAGCCAGGGGAGCAGAAGCCAGUGACCAUGGAGAUGCAGCCGGUGCCUCGGAGGAACGGAGAGGGGCAGAAGACCCCCAGAGCGAGUGCAGUAGUGACCACAGCCGCGGAGGAGAUCCCUGCUAAGAGGAUAAAGGUGGAGGAGUCCUUCCAGCUGUCUGUCCAGCAGCGGCAGCUCAUCCAGGAGGACACGGCCAACAGGAAGCUCUGGGACGAGGCCAUGGUAUCGCUGGCUGAGGGUCAGAACUUCUUGUGCAAGGUGGAGCAGAUGUUCAUGUGUGUGUGCUGCCAGGAGCUGGCCUACCACCCCGUCACCACCGUGUGCACACACAACGUCUGCAAGACGUGUCUCCAGCGAUCGUUCCGUGCCGAGGUGUACACAUGUCCGGCGUGCCGCCACGACCUGGGCAAGGACUACGGCAUGGGCCCCAACAAGACACUCCAGAUCCUGCUCGACCAGUUCUUCCCCGGAUACAGCAAGGGCCGAUGAGCUCGUCUUCAGCGGGAAAAUAUAACACCCACACGACACUCGCAACCCAACGCUCCCAACAGAGUUCACCUGUUACUUCCCAAAAAUACUCAUAUAAGCUCCACGUUUAAAACAAAUAGUGCAACAGACAGAAAAAGGAAAUAGCCCCAAGUCAAACACACCCACUGCAUAUGAAGUCAUUUGUGUAUAUGAUAGCCCCUUGCUAGACCACAUCAGAAACGGAUAAACGUUUGGACCGCCUCCAUCCUAAUCACCAGCCUAAAUUUAAAACCCCAAAGGUCCGGAUUGCGCUUUCUUUCUAUCCAGUAAUUGUACUCACUGCCACACUGUCCGCCGAUGCCAUGAGUUCAUAGUUGUACCUCAAACCAGGCAAUGCAUGUCUGCCAGACCUUGUGUGUUAGCUUCUGUGUACCACCCAAGCAGUGCGGGGUCAAAUUAAACUCAUUAGAAGGUGUGAGUACUUUAGGCAUUCCUGUGCCUAAUCUACUAGCAGCAUUGUGGGAAGACUCAUGUGGCGAAACCACUCAACACUUUUUCCACACCGUUCACAGUUUGUAUUUAUUUUAUAAAUAAUAAAACGCGUUUAGCAUAAUUUACCUGUGGUGGCAAGGAAAUCAAUAUUUGUAUGGAGAUCGUAAAAUGUUUAAUGUCAAUUGAAGCACUUUAAAAACAUUUGACAUUAUUUUCUAGCCUUCAUAUGAAGUCAUAUUCGGCAGCAAAUGGUGAGGCAGUAUUUUGGAAAUGGAUAUGGAUCCAUACAAGCAGCAGGUUGGUUUUUCUUCAAAUGUUAAAUCUAGAAAAUGGAGCUAAGCUACCACGAUUAAGGAACUUAAAGGUUGGGUAUGGGAUUUGCGAAACGCCAGUAGGGGGAGUGCAGUACAAUCGUUUGAUUGACGUACUUACUGUCCAAUGCCACUCGGUGGGUCUGGAAAUCAUUGGCUGGAGUUUUUCAAGCCCUGCCCGUUCCACAGAUGAUUGACUUGUUUAAUUUUUAUGUCAGUACUUCUAACUCAGUGGCUGUAAGUGGGUUAUGAUAAGGAUUUCAAGUAAUUUUGCAAAAAUGGCCAAAAAAGAGAAUUCCAUACCCAACCUUUAAAUCUUGGACAAAUGUGAAAGGUUAAGCUAAUAAAAACUGACAUUUAGGUUGAACGUUACUCAAAUUGGUAUUAGUCUAGCUAGGCUACUGCUAAUGCUGGAGCUUGGCUUGUCUAGCUACUAGCCUGCUCUCUACUUAUAUAUUUGUUGCUAUUAUACGUUAAAAACUGCAGUUAAACCCAGGUCAUGCAGUACAGAUGUAGGCUGUUUAUUAUUGGGGGAUUCUAUUUUUUAAGAUCUCAAUUUCAAUAUAGACAGGAAAAAUCUAGUUUGGAGGAUGUUCAAAAUGAAUUGAGUCUCGUUCUUUGAUUCUCACCAAAAGUUUGUAACUUUGUCAACCAAUCGUGACAAAUAACUAACACAAGUUAAACGUCUGAUGGAGGACUCCCAAGUGUGAAUCUGCGAUAGAAAUUAGUUCAAUUCCAAGUUACUAAAAUGGAUUCUGUCAAAUGUAUCGUAGAACGCCUUGGCUUUUGUAGGAUAAAAAAUCCAAUGAAUUAUUAUAGUUUUAUUGACUAAAAUGAUCAUAGGAAGUAUGGAAAACAGCAGUUUUUCAGGGAGUCACUUUACAGUCACUUUUAUCGAAAGGGACUUUCAGUGAUUUGUGAUCCAGAUCCUGCUCCUGACGAGCUGGCCGUUCCGCAGACAUGUGGGUCGCAUCAAUACCUUUCUCUCCUCUAACCUGAUUCAUUUCCUAUGUGCAAAGGAGGUUUAAUUCAGGGGAAGCCGUCAUCAUUGGUUUUAGGUCCAUGAAUGUGAUUAUGGACAUAAUACAAUACAUGGAGGCUGAUAUUCAAGCACAAGGAAGUUCCACAGAUACAUCCUGCCAGUAAAAUCUCCCGUUGCUUUAAAUUGAGACUUUAACGGCAUUUUUACCCCCAAAAAUUUAAAGGGGGUAGACUUCCUUGUCAUUCUGAUUCCAUUUUACAAUGUCAAUCACCUUGUUACCCUGGGUAUAACCAAAAAGAAAAGCAUUCAUAGAAUAACUUGGUUGCACACAAUAAUCUACUUGAUACUAUCAAAAAAUCACUGCGGAUAUUCAAUGUAAUUGUUUGGUUGUGUGACGUCGUCCCAGGUCGGGAUUAGUCGUCACAACAGCACACUUUGCAGUUUAUGUAUUAUUAUCUACACAUGACAAUGGUCAAGGCAUUACGACUUUACAACUAGAAUAGUGUACAGUAAUUAUGGUCACAGAUUUUACAUGAUGAAUGCAGAUUUAGCAGUUUGUGUCAUGUAAUUUUUCCAAAAAGUACAAUAACAGUUUUCAACAUACAGUACCUCUCUUAUUUGCUCAUUGCCGCGUUAAUCAGAGCCAUCUCACUAGCCGGCAUGUCUAUUUCAAUGGUUCAGCUUUGCAUUCUCAUGUAAUAAUACUUCAUUGUAUUUAUGAUGACUCUUCGUAUUCUAAUUGUUUACGUGGACAACAGUGAGUCACAUGGUUGAAACUGCAACUUGGUGAUGCAACAAUGCCCGAGGUUGUCAGAAAUACAUCAUGGAAUCUUAGUUAGCUGUACAUGUAAUCCAUUCAUUUGAUGUGGCUACAAAUCAACACCAAACGCCACAGUCGUCAGAAGCUAGAUUGUAAUUUGGGUAGAGGAGUUACCCCAUGUUAUUUUCUGAUUGUCUUUUGUAACAUCCUGUGUCCCAUACAAGGUUUGCAGUGGGUUUAAGUCUGCAAAUACAGAACCCUUCACUUGUUGAUGAACUUUCAGUCGCCCAGGUCUACAACAGGUAUUUCGCCAAAGGCUGAGGGUAGGCCGUUCCCGAGGGGACGGAGUCUAAGCUGUCCCACACACAGGUUCACGCGGAACGAGAUAUUGACGAGGUCUAUAAGAACCCAACUUGGUCCCACACAUUUCGCUAGUCCCGUUGAGUUGUUUUUUUUGGCUUAUGUUUGGCUGGCUAUUUGUUUGUUUUCCGUGGCUAUGUCCUCGUUUCCUUUUCUGCAAGUUCUUGUCUUUGUUUUUGUUUGUUUUUAAACCAUGCAAAUCCAAAGGAUGCUAUCGCCUCUAAAUCUAACUGUGACGUACUUAACUUUUAACACCGUUGUUCAAGCUUGCUUGACCAUUCCUUCUUCUCGGAUGGACUGGAGAUCUACUAGUCUUCAUUUCUGCUGCUGUAUGCGCCCCCCCCCUCUCCCUCCCUGUUCCCGUCAUUACCCUCUGUGCCCUUCAGUACUAACGUUUUUUCUAGACGUCUUGUGGACGCUUGGCUUAAGUGUUGUGUUUUAUGUUUUUUAACUAUUGCACUCUUGACGAAGAAAAAAAACGAUUGAAAAGACAGUCACGGUCAUCCGGUUUCAUAUACUGUGUAAUAUUAUGUAUGUACGCCUUUUGUGUUCAAUCAUUUUAGUUGAGUCGUUAGUCGUGUUGAUGUGGAGGUGUCGGACCAUGGCAGAGUGUCAUCGCGUCAUAUUGUGAUCUGAAAUUUUAUACAUGUUAUAAUACUUGAUAUGUACCUAUUAAAUAUUUUGAUUCCAGAAAACGACUCCUCUUGGAAUGUUUUCCUUACCUGAUUCACUUGAACCGCAUUAGGUUGUGCAGUCCAAGGUUUUCAGAUCAACAAAAUGUUUAGUUGCUUCAUACAAUACUUGGCUCAAUCAAUAAGUAGGCAGAUUAAAUGUAUAUGAACUCACUUAAACGUAUUGCUACAAUUAAUUUAAAUUAAGUGCAAUUCUUGCACAUGCUAAUGCUUUCCUCAUUUUAUUAUGUGUGAAUCCUCUAAAGUUAUUAGAAGUACAAUUAUACAAUUGCAUUGAGCAAGUAGUUAUAGUAAUCCACUGAUACAAAGCAUCAAUUUAAACGGCACACAUUUAGCAUUUAAUUCAAGAAUGUUUGGAUAAAAAAAACAUACAAAAUAUAGGUAUCAGGAGAAAUAUCAGUUAUAGCUUAGCUUCAGGAUCUUCCUUUGAAAUAGUGGAUAUUUGCAUAAGUAUAUUGAUCUAAACUAAAGAUGAAUGGUAUGAAUCAGUGUGUGUAAUUAAUAAAUAAUCCAAUGACAUUUUCUAUAAUUACUUUAUUAUCACAGAAGCAGGUACCACUAUGCGGUUGGACAAACUUUAAACUAUAAUGUAAAGGAUUUUAAAGGAAUGCUAGUCCAAAACUUCAGAAAUAUUAUAUAAUCACAACAAUUUCUCUUUACUUUCAACAAAAACAAAAUGCUACAAUAACGUCAGGUAUACAUCACAGAAAGAAGCCAAAACUGAGGCCUCUGAAUCAGUCACAUGCAACAGCAUCCAUGUUUUUCACUCAAAACCUUACAUAUCUAACUUGAAUUACUAUCCAGCUAUAAAGUACCAAUAAUUGGGGUUGUUGCUCAGAGAGCCUUGUGUACAAUCCCAAUGCUUAUAGUGCAGUGCCGUCCUACAGACGACACUUGGUAACUGCAAUAGGAUACGUUGGGAAUCGGGGAUGAAGUCCUGAUGUUCGGCACUAGAACCAGUGACAUGAAGGCAAGGCAGCCAUUACACGUGUAUCCAUCUGACGUUUUUGUUGUACAUU